UCUGUCAAUAAAAAUGCAAAAAACUAUCUCUCGACUCCUGUGAAUGUUUUCCGUCUAGCCGAAGAAUUAUCACACCACCCUGAUGUCAACUUCACAAAUUAUCUAUUGACAGGUCUCAAUCAAGGCUUUAAACCCGGCGUAGAAAGCCAUCCCACGCAAAAUGUUAUCUGCGCUAACCUUCAGUCCGCCUUAGCAGAGCCUGGAGUAGUAAAUAAGCUAAUUAAAAAAGAAAUCGAAUCCGGUUUCAUGAUGGGUCCUUUCGAGGCUCCCCCGUUCGACAAAUUUCGCAUCAGCCCCAUAGGCGUGGCCACCAGGAAAUUCUCUGGGAAAAAGCGGUUGAUAAUCGACCUUUCAGCCCCCCAUAAUUCUCCAUAUCCGAGUAUCAAUAGCCUCAUCCCUCUCGAAGAGUAUUCUCUCAAUUACCACGAUAUCGAACAAGCCAUAACCAUGAUUAAAAUAGCUGGUCGAGGUGCAUGGCUAGCAAAAGUAGAUAUCUCCUCUGCUUUUAAAGUAAUGCCAAUCCACCCCGAUUCAUGGCACUUGUUCGGUGUAAAUUGGCAGAAAAAGUAUUAUUUCGCCGUGCGCCUAACUUUCGGCUGCAAAAGCAGCCCAAAAAUCUUUGACACUCUCUCCGAAGCCAUAUGUUGGAUCCUUUCUAAUAAUUACGCAAUUCCUCAUCUUCUCCAUCUGCUCGACGAUUUCCUAAUAAUUUCACCCCACGACACCGUCCCCGAAGCUCACCUCCUCAUAGUGAAAAAAGUUUUCGCCGAACUAGGGAUUCCGUUAGCUCACGAGAAAACAUCGGGUCCAACUACGUCCAUCGAGUUUUUAGGCAUCAAUCUAGACUCAGCAAAAUUCCAAGCCUCACUGCCUAAGGAAAAAAUCGAUCGCAUUAUUUUAAUCGCAUCCAAUUUUACUGACAGCACAGAUUGUGCAAAACGCGAACUUCUCUCGCUGUUGGGCCACCUAAAUUAUGCGAUGCGCAUUAUUCCACAGGGCCGACCCUUUAUCGCGCAUCUCCUAGCCCUCUCUUCAUCCGUUCAUGCGCUGGAAGAUCGGAUCAUCCUCUCCGACGAGUCAAAAAACGAGCUUAAGUUAUGGAUUAAUUUCCUUAAUCAGUGGAAUGGCUUAACUUUUUUCUAUGAUGACUUUAUCUCUCUCCCCCUCGAUAUCAAACUGUUCACAGACGCAGCUCCCUCGAUCGGCUUCGGCGGCUAUUACCAAGGACGCUGGUUCGCGUCCUCCUGGCCCCCCCAGCUCCUAGACACACCCCAGUCUUCAGCCUCCUCUGCCCUUUUCGAGCUCUACCCGAUAGUCGUCGCAGCUUCCCUAUGGGGAAAAGAAUGGUCAUCCAAAAGUAUCCAAAUCCAUUGCGACAACGAAGCAAUCGUGUACUGUAUCAACAAAGGUCGUUCUCGCUCACCUGCGCUUAUGCCACUCCUUAGACGCCUCAUUUGGACCUCCGCAUGCGACCAGUUCUUAAUAACUGCAAUCCACGUCCCAGGGGCUCAAAAUCAAAUCGCUGACUCUCUCUCCCGUUUCUCGUUUCAGAAGUUCAGGAUGCUGGCACCAGAAGCAGACCCCACUCCAACUCCAGUACCUCCUUAUUCUCAGCUGAUCUUCCCAUAG